CUACCCAAUGACCCGUAUACUUUCCUCUCUUGUGGUGAAGAUGGAACUGUUAGGUGGUUUGAUAUGCGCAUCAAAACUAGUUGUACGAAAGAAGAUUGCAAGGAUGAUAUUUUAAUUAACUGCCUACGUGCCGCCACUUUCGUAGCUAUUUGUCCACCAAUUCCAUACUAUCUUGCUGUUGGCUGUUCUGAUAGCUCAGUACGAAUCUAUGAUCGCCGAAUGCUGGGCACCAGAGCUACCGGGAAUUAUGCAGGCCGUGGAACCACGGGCCUGAUUGCUCGCUUCAUCCCUUCCCAUCUGAACAACAAAUCCUGCAGGGUUACGUCUCUGUGCUACAGUGAAGACGGUCAGGAGAUCCUCGUGAGUUACUCCUCAGACUACAUCUACCUUUUUGACCCAAAAGAUGAUACAGCACGAGAACUUAAAACUCCUGCAGAGGAGAGAAGAGAAGAGUUGCGGCAGCCCCCAGUGAAGCGAUUGCGACCGGGUGAUUGGUCUGAUACUGGGCCCUGAGCAAGGCCAGAGAGUGAGCGAGAGCGAGAUGGCGAGCAGAGUCCCAACGUGUCCCUAAUGCAGCGCAUGUCCGACAUGCUGUCCCGAUGGUUUGAGGAAGCCAGUGAAGUGGCACAGAACAACCGGGGCCGCGGGCGGGCUUGCCCCAGAGAUGACAAUAAUGAAAAGCUGAGCCCCAAGCCAGGGACAGGUGAACCUGUUUUAAGUUUGCACUACAGCACAGAAGGAACAACUACAAGCACAAUAAAACUGAACUUUACAGAUGAAUGGAGCAACACUGCCUCGACUUCCCGUGGACAUGGGGGCCGCUGCAAGGCUGAGGGGCAUGACGAUUCAUUGGGCCCCCAGAGCUCAGGGUUGCCCCCUGAAGGAGACAUUGGGUCAGCACAGGCUGCUGAGCGCUGCUUGGAGCCGGAACCUGAGCCAGAAGAGACACAUGGCUGCACUGCCAAAGACUCCUCCUCUGCCAAGCAGCUCCAGGACACUGGGACCUCAAAGCAGACCAGCCCCGAACCUACCACCUUGGAACCUCCGGCUCCACUGGAAGCCAUCGGGUCCUCAAGUCAGGAGGCAGGAGCCUGUGACUCCACUCUCCAGGACACAGAUGACAGUGACGACGACCCAGUCCUAAUCCCCGGGGCGCCCUACCGGACUGGACCUGGUGACAGGCGUUCUGCUGUGGCCCGUAUUCAGGAGAUUUUUAGGCGGAGGAAAGAGAGGAAAGAAAUGGAAGAGUUGGACACGCUGAACAUUCGAAGGCCCCUGGUGAAGAUGGUGUACAAGGGCCACCGCAACUCCCGGACAAUGAUCAAAGAAGCCAAUUUCUGGGGUGCUAACUUUGUAAUGAGUGGUUCUGACUGUGGCCAUAUCUUCAUCUGGGACCGCCAUACUGCUGAGCAUUUGAUGCUUCUGGAAGUUGAUAAUCACGUGGUGAACUGCCUGCAACCACAUCCCUUUAACCCAAUUCUUGCCUCAUCUGGCAUAGAUUAUGACAUAAAGAUCUGGUCACCACUGGAAGAAUCGAGGAUUUUUAACCGAAAACUUGCUGAUGAGGUCAUCACUCGCAAUGAGCUUAUGCUGGAGGAGACACGCAAUACCAUUACUGUGCCUGCCUCCUUCAUGCUGAGGAUGCUGGCUUCCCUCAACCACAUCCGGGCAGACCGCCUGGAUGGGGACCGAUCUGAAGGCUCCGGGCAGGAGAAUGACAAUGAGGAUGAGGAGUGACGGGUUCUUGGCAAGCACUUUGCUGGUCCAACAUUUAUUCUGAUUUCUUUACGGAUCUUUCGUGCAAUUUUAAGGUUGUGGUUUUGGGGAGUAUUUGCCCUCUCAGGAAGGUACCCCAACGUUGCUGUGGAAUGGUUGUGUGCAUGAAUUUGGAAGCAUUUGAAAAACGAGACUAGCAAAAUGUUUGGAAAACUUUGGCCAUGCCUUAGAAGUGCUAGGAAUGCAAAGUGCAAUAUAUCUGCAGGGCUGGGGGAGUGCAGGGGCCAGGCCAGUGCCACGGGGACCAUUGGUCCUGAGAAGUUUCUACACUUGCCAUUCGCAUGUUUGUUGCUUUCGAUUAAAGGAAUUGGUUGUUUAGAUAAAAAAAAAA